CCCGAAAACAAUAUAUACAUGGAUAUAGUUAUCUCCCUCUUGGACCUACCACUUCCAAUUUUUCUUGCAACUAACCACCUUAAUUAGUCAUAAUCUUUUUAAAGUUAAACUGUCUAUCUCUGGGCUUUACAUUCAAUCAUAUUCGUUAGGAUCACCGAGAAAAUCAUUAGGAAAAAGUCUAUAAGAAAUGAGAAAAAUAGCGAUGGAAAACGGGCUCAAGAAAGGGAUCUGGAGUGAGGAAGAAGAUCUCAAACUCAUCCAGUACGUUCAAACACAUGGACCUGGCCACUGGCGUACCCUUCCCAAGAAAGCCGGGCUUCAAAGAUGCGGAAAGAGUUGUCGGCUUCGGUGGACAAACUACUUGAGGCCUGGUAUAAAGAGAGGAAGAUUUUCAUUUGAAGAAGAAGAGACUAUCAUUCAACUUCAUAGCGUUAUGGGGAAUAAGUGGUCAGCAAUUGCCGCUCGUUUACCUGGAAGAACUGACAACGAAAUUAAGAACUACUGGAAUACCCACAUCCGGAAAAGGCUACUCCAAAAUGGAAUUGAUCCAGUGACACAUACUCCUCAAGUCAACUUCUUGGAGCUUUCGUCCAUACUGAAUUCGGCUCGAUUCAAUCCCUCAAACUUCCCUAACCUCCAAACUCUAGUAAAUCCUCAAGUUCUAAAGCUUGUAACUAUCUUGGCAUCAUUAUCAAAAAAUGAGAACCGAGAGUUGUUUCUCAAUAACUACUUAAACACUAUGAAUCCGUAUCAAAACUCGAAUUUCACUUGUGUCCCUUCUAAUCUUCCAAGCACCCUUUUGAACCCAAGACAUGAUCUCAUGCAUGCAAAUGAUGCUCAAAACAUUCCAGAGAACUCGGUAAACAUGAACUAUGAUACCAGUGAAGAUAUUUUUAUGCGUGCAUGCUUAACGGAUGAUUGUUUUACCAUUCCAAGUUAUAGCAAUCAAUCUACUGCUCAAACGUCUGAAAACUCCAGUUGCCAACAGUUCAACUAUGAGUCGGUCUUAUCAUCAUCCAUGUCAAGCACUACACCAUUAAUGUCGUCAUCAAGGUUCAUCAAUGAUAUCACCGCUGAGCACGACAUGUUUUACUUAGACAUUCAAAAGAGUAUUGAGUUUAAUGAUUCCAUAUAG